AUGCAUUUCCGCACCCUCCGAGAGACGGUGAAGGACAGGGAAGCCUGGCGCGCUGUGGUCCAUUUCUCCGCAGAGCUGGACCUGGGGCGUCUUGGCGAUGAGGCUGGGCACAGGCCAGCCGGCAGGCGUACAGGGCGAGCCGGGCAGUGCCCCAUCACCGCAGACGGCAGAACGCUAGCGUUCGGCUACAAGAGGCAUGCACAGUGGCUGGAACUGACUGGAUACAAGAGCAGAGUGGGGGGUGGGGACCUGCAGCCUGCUUGGGGCCAGGGGGCCAGAGGGGUCUCACGGGGCGGCCCUGAAGCCAGUGUGAGUCCACUUCUGAGUUUCCGUCUGGGGGGCGUCGAGAGGUGCUUCUGGGCCAUGCUCCUCCUCCUGGCUCUGGCUGUGCUCCUGCUGGCCGGCAUCAUGCACAUGGACGUCGGGCUGUUCAUGCCCCAACUCGGGGACCAGGCUGAUGGGCCUCCCGUCACCAACGUCAUGUUUCUUAAGACGCACAAGACGGCCAGCAGCACGGUGCUCAACAUCCUCUUCCGCUUCGCCGAGACGCACAACCUGUCGGCGGCGCUGCCCGCCGGCGGCCGCUUCCACCUCGGCUACCCCUGGCUCUUCUUGGCGCGCUACGUGGAGGGCGUAGAGCAGGGCGGGCCGGGGAGGCGCUUCAACAUCAUGUGCAACCACCUGAGGUUCAACCCGCCAGAGGUGCAGAAAGUCAUGCCCAACGACACCUUCUACUUUUCCAUCCUCAGAAACCCCGUCUUCCAGCUGGAAUCCUCCUUCGUCUACUACAAGAGCCACGUCCCCGCCUUCAGGAACGUCUCCAGCCUGGAAGCCUUCUUGGCCUCGCCGUGGACCUACUACAACCAGAGCCUGGGCCUGAGGAACGCCUACGCCCGGAACAGCAUGUGGUUCGACCUGGGUUUCGACAAUGACGCGCCGCCGGAGGAGGGCUACGUGCGCGCGCGCCUGCUCGACGUGGAGCGGCGCUUCCAGCUGCUGCUCAUCUCGGAGCAUUUCGACGAGUCCAUGGUGCUGCUCCGGCGCCUGCUGCGCUGGCGGCUCGACGACGUGGUGGCCUUCAGGCUCAACUCGCGCAGCCAGCACAGCGUCACCACCUUGUCGCCCGCAGGCCAGGAGCGCGCCAAGCACUGGUGCGCCCUGGACUGGCACCUCUACCAGCACUUCAACCGCACCUUCUGGGCCCGGCUGCGCGCAGAGCUGAGCCCGCGGCGUCUGCGCUCCGAGGUGGCUCAGCUGCGCAAGCGGCGGCGCGAGCUGGCGGUCCUGUGUCUACAGGACAGCGAGCCCAAGAACCAGUCGCAGAUCACCGAUCUCCGACUGCGCCCCUACCAGUCGGGCAGGGCCGACAUCCUGGGCUACAACCUCAGGCCGGGCCUGGACAACCAGACGCUGCAGAUGUGCCAGAGGAUGGUUAUGCCUGAGCUCCAGUACAUGGCCCACCUGUACACCCUGCAGUUCCCGGACAAACCCCCCAAGAACCUCGCCUUCCUGGAGGCCUAG